AUGGGGGCUUUAUCAGAUCUAUUGGGUAGGGUGAUAAUGCGUUUCGCCGUAGAAGUCUGUAAAUUUGCCGCUGAUGCAGUUUUCCCUUUGGCAGCGGAUGAGUCACCUUGCAAUCCGAGUAAGGUCCCAGAUGAGAUAACCACUUGUGGGGUUGGUGGUAUGGUUAACCCCUCAGAUGCACCUUCUCCGGAUGCACUUAACAAAGAAAACAAGCUGAAUGGUAUCGGUGCAAAGAUCCCGAGAAGAUGUUUGCUUCUUCAUGUUCCAUUGGAAUCACCUAAUAUUCAAGAAACUUUGGUUAUGAAAGGCUUUAAUGGAAACCGUCCGAGCAUAUGGGCUAUAAGGUGAAAAUGACUUCUACAAUGCUUGGGACUGCCUGUGAUGACUUUGGCAAGUUUUAAAGAGAUCUUAUUAACAGCCAGUGGAAUGACCAUGAAGGGUUGCCUCUUCUUGGGAGAGUUUCCUGCAUGGCUGGUAGAGACCGAAUUUGGUAACAAGGAAACACACCCCCAUGUCUGGUUGUCCAUUACACAGAAAUGGAUGGACAAUCUUUUCAUGAGCAACGGUUUCAAGGUGGAAAUGAUUAGCUACGAUGAAGUAGCUAAACAUUUAGGUAAGGUAGUGAAACCGGGAGAUUCUGAGAAUAUACUAUUUGUUGCAGAUCAAUUGCGGUGUUCGGAUGAUCAAAUGGAAACUUGGAGGAGAGAGCUUCAAAGGGUAGAGGAAGAUGGCGACGAGGAAGGGUUUGAGGAACUCUAA